UUCGGCCAAAAAGUUCAUUUAGAAGCCCAAUAAGCAGUUACAGAGGAAAAAACCCAAUACAAUACAGACACAAUUUAAACGGUCCAGAUUAAAUCUAAUCUUUGGAUGCUGAUACGUGUUAUAAAAUGCUGGCACUUCACCAAGCCACGCGUCAGGUAUUCGAGCGCCGCCGCAUGCAUCGUGUUGAACACCGUCGAGUCCGAUCAGCCAUCGCCGGUUAGUCCUGAAACGGUGGAUAGUCUCCUCCUAUCUGUUGAUCUCGAAUCCAGACUCAAGGAAAGUUGAAAAUCUUCUAGAUAAAGUCCAUGAAAGCCGCUUCAAAAAUUCUCUGAGAAUUGCCAUCGCCGGGAAAGCUCCAUCUCUGACAAUAUCUAAGGAGAUGUAGUCGGUUUUGUGCUCAUAUAUGAGCAAAAAGGAUUGAUGAAGAUUUUAUUCCUCGAACUUGAUUGGCUGAAACAGAUGAUUUGUGAAGGUAACAGAGACAUCGACAAGUCAUGGAUAGAGAUCUGAAAAACGGAUAGAAUCGGUAGCAGAAGUCUGACUUAAAUCAGAAUUUAUUGAGUUCGCCUAAGCGAAAUAUACAAAAAAUCCGAUUAAACGGAACAAAAGAAAAACAAAAAGCUACAUCUCCGAUUAGAACGGAGAAGAGAGCUCUCUCUCUCUAAAGGAUGUUGUUGAGUUAUUUUGGCGAGAUGAUAACCUUGG